CUAAUAAUAAUCUUAAGUCGACCAAAUCUCUACAACCAUAAUUAUAAUUAUUCUACUAAUUAACGAUAAGAGAAACCCAAAAGGCCGGUUUCUAACAGAAACUAUGACCCCAAGAGCCGCCCUGUUGUUCCCUUGAUGUAUCCAAGGCUCAUCAAGAAUGCUGCAGAUGGACUAACGUUUGAACAAACCAAAGAAAUGAAGAACAGAGGCCUAAAUUCCUAUCCACUGAUGAAGCUGACCAGGAAUGGUGUGUACGUGAAUGUAGUAGAUAGGGUUAGGGAGGCAUUUGGGACAGAAGACGUUGUGAGACUUGAUUGCACUCAUGUGGGUGAGAGUGACUGCAAAAGGAUUGGUGUGAAGCUUAGGGACUUGGUACCUUGUUUGCCCAUUUUAGAGGUCGUUUGCUUUUGGUAUUUUGGUGUUGGAUUGGCCCAAAAUCCAACAUAUGUUGGACUUUAUAAUGAAUCCAUGUUUGUUAGCAUAUAAUGGAUUUUGUUUCAAUCUGUGGGGUCCACUAAUAUUGGAUUAUUUGGAGCUAAAAUCCGUGGGCCCCAUGGAUUAUAAAAUCUUACCUCUAUA